GAAGGAGAGUUGUUUUUCUUUAUUUUGUUUUUAAAAAAAGGGGAUGUCGGCUAAAUAUUCGGUGAUGGUGACUGAAAGAGACCCGCCAACAGAGGCUGGAGGUGGGACAGGAUUUUACUGUGUUCCUGGAGGAGGAAUUUGCAGAAACAAUCCUAGGGGGGCCUCAGACUGAGGGAGGCGAUCCCACUAUUAGUCUGUUAGUGAGAGCUGACACUUGCUCACGAGUCUCACCCCAUCAACAGGGUGCUCAGGUUGGUUGUAGACAUUACAAAUUGCCCUUGUGUCAGAGACCCUGGGGUAUAUCAAGAUGGCAGAGAAUGAAGUUGUGCCUGGCGGGCAGAGACCACGGAUACGUGAGCGAAGGGAUACCACAGGCCCCGGUCCAGCUUGCAAAGGGAGAAGGGGCACAGGUUCAGCCAGUCUGUGGGAGGACAGUGCCAACUGGGCCUACCCCAAAAACCACCCUCAUCCUGGUACCACAGCCCUCCCGACCAAUCAGCAGCUCCGGACAGGUGUGAGGUCAUCGGGCAGUGCUGUCAUCCCACAGGCGGAGGGCCGAGACUGCCCAGACCUGGGGGAAGGCCGGGAACGCGGGCGGUCCCAGGGGGACAGAGAGCCGAGAUGCACCUACUUAACGGACAGCGUCCUGGGCUGCCAAGAGCCUUCGGUUGUCGGAGUGGGGGAGGCCCUCAGCCAGGGCACCGAUCCGGGCAUGGUGAGGAGGGAAUGGCCUGGAACGGGCAGCCGGGGAGACCCGCCUAGGCCAACCGGGGAUAUUCCUCCCCCGAAACCUGCCGCCAAGAACUGGAGGCCUCCGAGGGGGUUCUGGAAAGUCCUCGGAAGGGAAAACGCACCGCCAGGCGAUAGGCCGGGGGCUCCUCGUGACGUGGUUGCCCGGGAGGAGACCGGGAACGCCAGCUCCUUGGAGCACGCGAGCAGCCAUCCCGGUGGCAGCCCGAGGGCUGUGUCGGAGGGGGCCGACACGUCAGCGCGCUCCGCCAUCAGGGCAGAGAAAUGGAGCGCACGCAGACUCGGCCAGCUGGAGGCUCUGUGGAGGACGGACAGCUGGGAGAGCGUGGGCAGUAACGCCAGCCUGGUCUCCCUGAGCGAGCGGGUGGAGAUGAACCGCUCCUUCCUCAAGAGGAUGCUGAGGCCGGCUGCCUGGCAGCCAGGGCCUGGGCUCCAAGGUCAGCUGCAGGAGGAACCCGCAGCCCAUGUCUGCCAUCGCCAACCCCGGCUGCCGGGAGACCACACCCUCCCUGGAAACAAGCAAGGCUGCGGGACGGUGCAGAGUGACAGCGACUGGGACUCCGGCAUUUCCCUGCAGGAAUCUGACCCUGGCCUGAGAGCCUUUGUUUCGCCCAGCCAGCUGCCCCUGAGUCACAGACACGAACAGGCCAAGCAGCUCCUGGAGAGAGCUCGAAUGAAGGCCCGAACCAGCCCUCUCAAAGCUGACCACAGCAUUCUGCCCAUCGAGAGGAGCCCUCGACCGGUGUGUUUCUGUCCGCCGUUUAGGGACGCCCGGGCGGAUGGCAGCUCGUCGCCAAAGCGGGGGCCUCCCUCCAGGGAGCGGUUCUGUCCAAACAGUGACUCCUCCAGCGGUGACUCCCACGGCAGGCCGCGGAAGAAGCGGGGCCAGUCGCCGAGCAGGGUGAGGUUCGAGGACGAGUCCACCCAGGAGGCCGAGGUCCGUCACCAGCUGCGGAGGAGGGGCGGUACUGAGCCCUCGGGGCACCCGGCAACUGGGGGCUGGGCGCCCGACCCCAGGCUUCCGGCCUACCAGCUGGCCAGGAAGGAGCGCUCGCCGAAGGCCGGCUCUGGGGAGGCCGGUAAACCUCACGCCGCGAGUCCCCGGCCGCGGGCCACCUGGAGGGGCCCGGCUACUCCGCGCGCCAACAGUGAUGUGCCCGGUGGCGGGGCGACCGCGCCUCGUGCCAACACUGCCUUCUGCAUCGACGGCAAGUGCAGCUCUUGCGGCUGCCUCAUCAUUUCAGAGCCUGCGGUGUGCGAGCCCCCUUCCUAUGAAUUUCCGGAUGUUAGGGUCGAGGAGGCCUACCAGUCCCAUCGGCUAGAGGUUCCCCGGGAUCCUGCAAGGAGCCUGAGUGUGGAGGCCCGAGAUGCUGUUGGCUCAUUGUCUCCCAGACCCAUCGCCCGCAGCGUUCUUACGUCAGGGCCUAAGAUCACAAUCGAGCCCAUUAAGGAAACGUACAUUGGUGACGUGACUUCCAUUGAUGACAUCCCUGUGACUGGCAUACCCACUGGCAGCCCAGGCCUUGCUGAAAGGAAGGAUUGUAAGGACAGGAAGGUCUUGCCGUGCUACUACGCUGUAGUGUCGGGCAGUGACGGAGGAAGAGCAGGCGAUGUCGGAGUUCCUGCCCGUGAGGCGGACUCGCCCAGGAGGGGUCUCGGGGAGAAUGGUGCCUCCUCUGACCUUGGGAGUGCUGCAGCUGACUGUAGAUCAAAGCCCAGCGGGGAAACCUGGGAGAGAGGGGGGGUCACUGGCCAACGGUGCCGUGGCGUCGGUAGGGCUGACCAACCUGGACGCUGUGCCGUGUCCAAACAGGUGGCCAGGGUUUGUGGGCCAGGGGACAGUCCCAAAGCAGGCCCAAGCUCAGAGCAGUUGCCAGGAAAGCCCUCCCUUUGCAAGCAGCGGCCCCUUCCUCUGCCACUGGUGAGGUCCGGCCGCAGCUGUGACCAGACCCAGGCGGUCUCCAGCUUGCCGGGCCCACCUCUCUCUCUGCAAGAUGGCACCGGGGGUCCUGGCAAGGGGCAGUUCGAGAAGGUCCGAGGUGGGCCUCAGGAGCCCGGCACGACAGAUCCAGCACCUCCCCCGAACUUUCCGGGUCAGACCUGCGACCGACAGCCAUUACUGAAGAGGCCCGGCAAAGGCAAGUCAGGCCGGAGCCAGCAGGGCAGAGUGGCAAUCGUCCGCACAGACGGUCCCGUCACACACCUCAGCACCUGCCCAUCCCCUCAAUCCCGGCUCCUUCCACCGUGUGGCGCGGGGAGACUGCCGGACUCCCCGGCCCUCCCAGAAGCUUCUUCUCUUCAGCCUGGGCCUCAGGUACCAUGCGACCACCCUCUGGCCGUGUGCCCUUCAGGGCCUGCAGCUCACCCGCUGCCCGGUCCGGACCCUACCCCGCUGAGGGAGACCCCGAACGCCGGCCCCGGGCAGAGCUCAAUCGACUGGACCCCUGACGUGGGGAGACCCUCCACUGUGACCCAUCAGCCCAUCGAUCCUCGUGGUGGGCUCCCAGCCUCUGAGCGCCGGGUGGGCGGCCUGGAAGCCAGCCGGAUUGGGAAUAGUUGGAGCGUUCCUGGUUCAGAGCGUAUGUCCACAUCGGAAGAGGCCGCUGAGAAAUGCCUGAAUAAACCAGAAUGGCCUCCUGUCUCAAAUGGUGGUUUCAAGGUCUGCCCGGAAUCACAUGGAGCAGGUACAGAACGAGAGGGGUCAGUCCGCAGGGUCGGAAACAGAUCUUUGCAUUGCUACUUCAUGAAUACCCAUUCUGUGAUGCUGCGGUACCCUGAGGAAGGGAGGACCAACAGGGACCCCGGAACUGAGGAAUCCGGAGCUCUCCCCCGUGAGCCCAGGCGCCAGGCGGAAUGUUCCCCUUCAACUCAGUCACCGAGGGAGCAGUACCGGGACACAGUGCUCACCCGGGGGACAGUGCCGGGACACAGUGCUCACCCGGGGGACACAGGCAGGGAGCUGACAACAGUGAAGAUAUGGCCCCACGCCAACACUGACAGAUCGGAGGUGCCAACUCCAGUCGGAACAUCAGAUCUGGAUGAAUGCCAGAGGUUAGCACAGCCUCCUGACACAGGCCCCAUUGCCGCUGAGUCCAGCACCAGGCCAGGCAUCAGCAGAGAGAGUCCUAUCCACCACUCGAACAGCCGGCCUUCAGAGGACAACCAGGUACCAGGAGACCCCAGCAACAGCCCCCGACGUCUGUGUGUUACCGAGAGCCAGCAGAGGCCGCGCUCUGCUCUGAGAGCCUUCCUCUCUUCCAUUGGACACAACACUGUCAGGAAGCUCAGCAAGCUGCGCUCAGCCAGUAUGGAGCAGCUUAGCCCGCGGUCGGCAGACCCUCGGCCUACAGCCCUGAGGAGCGAGGAGGUCAAAGCCAGGCUGAGGAAGAGUCCUUCACUCCAGUCUCUCCAGCUGGUGGGUACUGCGGCCCUCACUGAGAACCAGCCUCAAACUCCACAGCCCUCCCCGUUCAGUCCUUCCCGAUCUGAGGUCCAGACUCGCUGCAGCCCAGGGAUGGCUCUCUGUGGAGGAGAUCUUGCCCCACCCAGACGCCCAAGGCCGGUUGGCCAAGUGACGCAGACAUUUGCUGAUGCCAGCUUCGUGCUUGAACUCUCCAGACCAGCAGGGGCGCUGUUUGGGUUUCACAUCUCCAGAUUGAGUGGCCGUAUAUUCGUUCACCAGAUGGCAGACCGGAAUGCGGAGAAACUGUACGCUGGAUUGCUGGAAGUGGGCGAUGAGAUUCUGGAGGUGAAUGGAGAAAGUGUUGAAGAUCUCAGCUUCAGUGAGGUGAACAGCCUGAUGCUAAGGCACAGCACAGUCUCCAUGUGGGUCAGAAGGCGCAGUGGGACCAGACAGCCACAGGAACAGUAAUGGCCAUUGGCCUGGAUUCACAAACACUCGAACUGUCCGUUCAGAGCACUUUCAGAAUUUACACACACUCCAACACUUACCAUCCUGAGUCUUUGUGCUCAGGACAUGGGCAUGGGACUGUAACAAGCUGCCAUUUAGGUGCCCUAUCAAAGACUGGGGCCCCUGUAUGUUUACACACAAUGUUACUGGGAAGGAUGAGGCAGCUUCAACAUCGAAACCAUUCCAACUGUAUCUGCUGCUUUCCACAACCUAUUGUUGUCUCAGUGGGGAUCCUACAUUCAUAUUGAUGUUAAGCAUCCUUGUCACACAUAGCUUUGUCCUGUGUGGCAUGUUGAAUUUCCUCACUGAGAUAUUUACUUUUCCCAAAUUCUGAUGGGCUGGAACCUUCCUCAAUAUCUGAUUGGCUGGAUAGUCCCGCUGGCCCUCAGUAUUGAUCUACACCUUCACAUUCUGCAGGAAUUAGGCUUUAUUUUUAAAUUCAUUCGGACUGAUUCCUUGACUUCCCAACCAAGCUAUUUAUUCCCUGGUGUCGGGGGGUUUAAUGAGCCAACUAACUGAGAACCAUAGCUUUAAACUAAGGGGUGGUAGGUAUAGGACAGAUGUUAGGGGUAGAUUCUUUACUCAGCGAGUCGUGAGUUCAUGGAAUGCCCUGCCAGUAGCAGUGGUGGACUCUCCCUCUUUAUGGGUAUUUAAAUGGGCAUUGGAUAGGCAUAUGGAGGAAAGUGGGCUAGUGUAGGUUAGGUGGGCUUGGAUUGGCGCAACAUCGAGGGCCGAAGGGCCUGUACUGCGCUGUAUUUUUCUAUGUUCUAACCACAAACACAGAAUGAGCCAGUUUUAUACUUGCUCGUAAACUUCAAAAAGGUGGACAUGAAUGAUAAAAUAAACUAGGGAUGUGCGACUGGACCAAGGCAGUACAGUCUCGCCCUAUCAGAAAGUGACAUCCAGAUUCUAGCAAACCAUCACUGGGUCAGCCCUUUUAAACUAAAAACAACUCUUUGGUUUUAUUUCUUGACCCAACCGCAGCGACAGUUUCAGUGGCUUCAUCGUGGGAACUGCCGUAUCCUUGCCAGUCAUAAUUUAUAAA